AUGGGGGGCGUUCCACACUUGCAGGAACAGCAAGCCCUCGCCGAAGAGGAAGUGAAGGAUACAGACAAUGAUUACAAAAUUACAGUUGAUGACAAAGGGUCAAAAAUCUGGCCCUUGGAUCUGUUGGGUCCGACGGAUUUCGUCACUAUGAAGUUAGAGGAACUUACCCGCUUUCAAUUCUACUACAGUCUGCUUCAAAACUCCUCGAAUUUACUGGCAGUUCCUGGAAAAACUCAAACUCAGGGUGCUAUGGCCCGACUUACCGAUCGGGAACUCAAUGAAAACCCCGUCACUCGACUUUCUCGAUUAAUCCGCACCUCAUUCUGGGACAGCCUUACCCGCCGCAUUGAUAUAUCCAACGUUGCAAGGGUAGCAAAGGACCCCAAAGAUUGGACUGAAAAUCCUCGAGGUCGCCUGUAUGUCCCAAGAGGGGCAUUGAAUCAAUAUGAAUAUUACAAGAAGUUCGCCGACGAGAAUCCCGAUGCCUUGGAGCUUGAUGUCAUUCUUCUUCCCGAGAGUAUUACACCGGAGUACGCGCGAGAUCUUAAUGAUGUCCCUGGAAUAUUAGCUUUGGAAGUGGACAGCUAUUUUGACCCAGAAACGCAACGAGAGGAGCUUCGCGGAGUCCCGUUUGUUGUCCCUGGAGCCCGCUUCAAUGAACUCUAUGGGUGGGAUAGCUAUUUCAUCGUCCUUGUCUGCUUCGAAGUGAUCGCGAAGAUCUUGCUCGUGGUGGUGUUCAAUGCCAAUCGAACAUAUUUCCUCGGUCGCUCACAGCCAACCUUUCUCACAGAUAUGGCGUUGAGUACAUUCAAAAAGACCCAGCAUGAGCUGGGAUCUCUUGAGUUACUUCGGCUUGCAACAUGGGCUGCUAUCAAGGAAUACAAAACUGUGUGGACUGCGAGCCCUCGAUUGGACCCGGUCACAAGAUUAUCACACUACCAGGCGACCGGCGUCGGCGUUCCCCCUGAGACCGAGAAGUCACACUUUGUUCACUUGCUCAGCCCAUAUGCUAAAAAGCACAAGCUUCGCAUGAAUGAGUUCAUUCAUGGGUAUAAUCACGGCGAAAUUUCCGAGCCCGCAUUGGAUGAACACUUUCUUCACGAUCGCUCUCUACGGGAGUCCGGGCAUGACACCUCUUAA